AUGGCGGAUCAGAUUGACCAAAAAGCCGUAAAAGAACUAUUGCCUUUUCUCUCGCUUAAUGCUCGUGGAGACGUGAAAUCGUUGGCUCUGGAUUAUAUUUUAGGACUCUCUGGUUCUGAUAGUGGAAAGAACUUCCUGAACCAAAACGAAGAAUACUUGAGAUCCCUUUUGGAACUGACGAGAGAUUCGAACUCAAACAUUUCUAGAGAUGCCUUCUCGACGAUCGUGAAUUUGUCCGCAGAACUCGCCAUCUCGGAUAAACUCCUCAAAUUUAACAUAAUUGAGCCCUUUUUGAGCUAUGCUCUCAAAAAAAGUAGUCAACACGCCGACAAAGUGGCCAUGAUUUUGUCCAAUGUAACAAGAACAGAAAGUGGAUGUCGUGAGGUUCUUAAGGUUACGAACAUGUCGGAAGAAUGCAGUUUUUACAAUAUUGUAGAAAUUUUGUGCAAAGAGAAGUUUAAUCCCUCUGCUGAACUAAACUAUCUUGCCACUUUUCUAUCGAAUUUGACGCAAUUACAAGAAUCACGAGACUAUAUUUUGGACAGGGAUCGCUGUGUCAUUCAGCGCCUUUUGCCAUUCACAACCUACAGUGCUUCUCUUGUAAAGAGAAGAGGAAUCGUAGCUGUACUAAAAAAUUGCUGCUUUGAGACAAGGAGCCAUCAGUGGUUAUUAAGUGAUGCUGUGGACAUCCUACCACACCUGCUACUCCCCUUGACAGGACCAGAAGAGUUUUCUGAAGAUGAGAUGGAGAAACUCCCCCCUGACCUCCAGUACAUGGAUGAUAACAAAGAGAGAGAAUGUGAUCCAGACAUCAGGAACAUGUUACUGGAAGCCUUACUUCAGCUGUGUUCCACGAAACAUGGCAGGGAGGUGCUGAGGAAGUUUAAUGUGUAUGUUAUUCUGAAGGAGUUAUUUAAUUGGGAAGUAGAUGAAAAAGCAAAGAAGUCGUGUGAAAAUGUGAUUCAAGUUUUAAUAGCAGAUGAACCAGAACCAUCCAUGCAGGAUCUAAAACAAGUGCAGAUUCCAGAGGAGGUCAAGAAAAAGUUUGAUGAAGAACCACAAACAAAUGUAGAAAAUUUAUAACAUGGAUGAUACAUCAUUAGUUGAAAAAGAAAAACAAGACUUGCUGAUUGCAAAUUUAAGUGGGGAUAUACUCUUAGCUUGUUGUAUGAUAAAUCUCCUCUUCUGUUUCGAAAUAACCCACAGCCUAUGAGGUUUUAGAGAUAGAGAGGUAGCAACGGUUAUCAACUGGUUACAAAAACAUAAUAAAUUUGACAUCUCUUA